CUACUACGGCGUCCAUCCCCAUGCCCACGUGUACGGUCUUCCAGACCCGAAUGCGAUGCGGUUCGCUCUACCCCCGGGCUUAGCCCAUGACCCGCGUAUUGCCCUGAGCGGAGGCAGACACAAAAAGGAGAUCAAGAGGCGGACAAAAACUGGGUGUUUGACUUGCCGCAAGCGUAGAAUAAAGUGCGACGAAGCGCACCCAACCUGUAACAACUGCAAGAAAUCCAAGCGCGAAUGUCUCGGUUACGAUCCCAUCUUCAGGCAACAGCACGGUCCAACAGCCAUACAGCCAGCUCCGACCUCCCAGCCUCCUGUCCCUGCCUCCGUCGUCACCGCGCCGACCGUGCCUUCGAGCUCUAACCCACACUCGUAUCAAACAGCCUAUCCCCCUCCGCUUCCGUCCAACGCCGUGUUCGACUCGGACCCGUCCGCCACACCUCCAACCGUCAAGAGCGAGCCGAGCUACGACUACUCGAGUGCCAUCGACCCGGCGCUACAAGGCACAAACUCCGCAAGUGUCACCGGCUCACAGGCAACACCGCGGAAUCAGCCAAACAGCGCAGUCAGGAGUGGGGACCAGACUGCUGGUGACGCCAACCAGCCGCGAGGUGGCACACCGUCCUCCCCUUCACCCACUUUGUCUGCGCUUUCCCCACCCCUACCGCACGAGACCGUGUCCGCUCAUACAAAUUCUCCAGCAAAGAAAAUGAAGGUCGAUGAGCUGAUUGCCCUGGGGGGUGUCUCCAACCCCCCUGCAGCAAGCUCACUCCCGCCCGCCGAUGUUCUCGAAGAGAUCACGAAGCUGUAUUACGAGGUCUAUGUCCCAGGCCUUGUGCUCUUUUUCGAGACGCAAUGGUAUAACCUUUCGAACCGAGAAACGACGACGAACCCGGGGGCCACGCUGCACAACGACAAGGCGCUCAUUUCCCUUUUCGUCUCCUUCCUUCAAGCCAUAUCUAGCGUCAAAAGUACCGACCCGGUAGAUCUGGCGCACUCUUCCCACCUUGAAACACGUGUCGUCUGGUCGCUCGCCCGCCUUCCGCUCGCUGCCAGCGCCACCCAACGGAACCAAUUACCCGAGUCAGCUUCAGCACCAGACGAUCUUUGGGAGGCUUGUGGCCGCGUGCAAGUCUUGGAGGCGCUCUUAUCGGGCGAGAGCAUUACAAGCAAUCCCUUGUCCCCUCCCACUGGAAAUAUCAGUCCAUUGCGCAGGAAUGAGCUGGAUUUUUGGUAUCAGCUAGCCAAGUACCUCCUCCUUGAUCAUGCAACCGCCUCACCCGCGCAUGUCACUGUCAGGGAGGGUUGUCUAAAAGCGAUGAGGUCUCUGCUGGAUGGUCGAGAGAACCGAGACGUUCUCUACAGCAUUGCCGUGCUGAGGGAGUACACGUCGCAUUGGGAUGCCACCUGGAACGAGCAGAACGUGCCGUCGCAUCUGGGAGAGUCCGAUCCCCGCAGCAAGCUCGCCGUAGCAACGAGGUUUAUUCGGGACGAGUCGGCAUCGACAGGGGGGACGACGAACGUGGUUCGCCGCUUCGCCGACCUGGCGUUCCGUGCUUUUGUUAGGCCUGGUGUCAAUGUCAGCACCCUCAUGAGGCGUUAGGAGUCGGGUUUCGGGCUCUGCGAAAACAGGGGGUUUAAUUGUGGGAAGAAUAGUAAGAUAAUAUGGCAUCGCGAUGCCAAAACCGGACGGUCUGCCUGGCCAGUUGCCAGGGCAAGGAUGGGAAGUUGCCUAUAGUGGGACCAGAAUAUGCUCUGGUGCUCGGCUGCAUUUCCGCGUCCCUCAACAUUAGCUUAGAGGUAAUUUGGGCUGUUUGUAUGUAAAACUACGAUACCUGGCCUGCGUCGCAACCCCUAUAGAGCGUCGCAAGGUGUUUAUUCUCAGGAACAAAGAGGGCGGGGAGCGCUUGGCCCUGCGCUUGUCAGCCUUCCUGUGACCUUCGAUUCGGCCCCUUUGGUCUUCGCAUCCUCCGUGCGUAUGCGCGGCGAUGUGCUGGCGCUAGGACACUGCGCACCUUUGCCUCGAUAAUUCACGCCUUGUAU